AUGGGAGAGCGUACGAAUGAUGUGAUGACCACCAAGAAACCCAAAACAGCCUUCACUAUCGAAAGUAUUCUGGGGUUAACGGAUACUCAGACGAAAGUAAAUCCGGUGGAAAAGAAGCCUGAUAUAAAAGUACAACACUGUCGUGACGAUUAUAGACUGAUUGGAUGGAAUUUGGUGCAAGACAAAUCUCUCACCAAAGUUACGCCGAAACGACAAACACUAUCAAUCGACAAGUUAUACACCGGCAUGAAGCAAUCAAACACUCACAGGCCCAAAAGUCCACCAUCUCAAAGACCACUGUCAGAGGAUGAGAAAUGUAUGGACGUGGAUAAGUUUUUAGAAUCGACGCCAUCUGGCGUUAAGUCCAGGAAGAUUCGGCGCUGCAGGACGACGUUCACGACGUAUCAGCUUCACCAAUUGGAGAGAGCGUUUGAGAACACACAGUACCCAGAUGUCUUCACCAGAGAGGAGCUAGCGUUGAGUUUAGACCUUAGCGAAGCCAGGAUACAGGUGUGGUUUCAGAACAGACGAGCCAAAUGGAGAAAGCAAGAUAAAUUUGUCACUGAGCGUUCUCCUCACCUGCUGGAAGAUCAGCCAAUCACAGCCCCCGUUACAUGUGCCUCGCCGUCUUCAAGUCACAUGACCAGUCCAGAACAACUCACGCUGUGGAUGGGUCAGUACCCACCAAUGGCGGCCGCCUCCCCAUUGUUUAUAUACCCGAGUCUCUUCCCUUCGUCUCCAUCAGGCCCUUCACAGGGAUCUUACACCCUCUGUCGUCUUUCCCCAAGAGGGCUUCUCUCCAUGGAUGUACGGUGA